AUGACAACCUCGCCGGACGAGUUCGACGAUAUUGAUUUUGACGACUUUGGUCUCGAUGACUCGGCGCUCCUUCAGCUGGAUCAGAUUGAGAGCAACCUCGUGAGCAAUGGUGCCGCUCAUAAGCAGUCUACAACAUCAAACACGCAUAGCAAGACGGCUUCGGACCCACCCCGCAUACAGACGCUGUCGGCCAUCAGCAACACCGACCAUGCUAGAGGUGCGGCGCAGACUGCGAGCAAUGGAUCCUCUUCCUGGGCAAACAGAGCGGCUGCCUCUGCCGUAGCAUCCACGUCGGCAAGACCGAUGCAGCGAGUAUCGUCUACAAGCUCAAAUGCAUCCAAUCAGCCCACGUCGUCCGGGGCAGCCCGUCAGAUGAAUCUGUUCGGCAAGCCUGUCGCACCCUCGCAGACCCGAGCGGCCAAGGUGGUCUCUUCUAGUCCCGGGCAGAUCACCAUCUCAUCGCAGUCGGCUUCCGACAGUGCCAACGCCAAUUACCGUCUACCCUGGCAGACGAAAAUGGGCACCAAGACGUGGGACAGAGAGGCAUACCUUCACCGCGAAAACGCAAAGAACCGCGACAAGGAGGCUAUCGACGUUGAUGCACUCGAUUUUGACGACGGUGCGCCCGGCACCAACAGUCCAAAGGGUAAAGGCAAGGCCAAGCGGGACUGGGACGCAGACAGCAAGUAUACCAACGUGCUCCCGCCUGCGCCUGCUGAACCGCGUCGCAAGCCUGUCCAGGCGCAGCCGCAGAAAUGCAAGAUCGAUCUCGAAGCAGGAAAGACGUGGAUCUACCCGACCAACAUGGAGAGCAGAGACUACCAGUACAACAUUGUGCAGAAGGCUCUCUUCAACAACGUCCUCGUUGCCCUACCCACCGGUCUCGGCAAGACGUUCAUCGCUGCCGUCGUCAUCCUCAACUUUUUCCGCUGGUACCCCGAUGGCAAGAUCAUGUUCCUUGCUCCGUCUCGUCCUCUCGUCGACCAGCAAAAGACGGCUUGCCAUCGCAUCUGUGGUCUGCCCUGGGAGUGCGCCAUCGACCUAACCGGCAGCACUGCUGGCUCACAACGAGGAGACUACUGGGCCACCAAGCGCAUCUUCUACAUGACGCCGCAGACGUUCGAGAACGACAUGAUCCACAAUCGCUGCGAUCCGCGAGAUGUCGUUUGCAUUGUCGUCGACGAGGCCCACCGCGCACGUGGCAAAUACGCUUAUGGCAGCGUCAUCGGUCGUGUCAUGGAGGUCAACCCUCACUUUCGCGUGCUCGCGCUCUCGGCUACACCAGGCAAGGAUUCGGACAGCGUUCAGGAGGUGGUCGAUCAACUCCACAUCAACCAGAUCGAAAUUCGUACCGAAGAGGCCAUCGAUGUCCAGCGAUACGUCUUCCGCAAGCGCGAAGAGAUCAUCAACGUGUCGCUCGGCAAGGACCUCAACUUGGUCAAGGAGAACUGGGCCAAGCUCAUGCAGACCCAGAUGGAUCCGCUCAUGAAGGCGGGUCUCAUUCGCAACCAAGACCCCGUCCUUUUGCACCCUUUCGCCGUGAACGCCAUCCACAAGGACAGGAGUCGCGCAGCCAUCUUGCACACCAAACCUUGGCUUCAAGCCAACAUCAAGGAGCUCAGCCAUAUGGCCCUAUCGAUGCAAUACCUCAUGGAGCAAUCACCGACCAUGUUCUACAACCGUCUCAAGGAGCGAUCCAUGGGCUACAACGCAAAAGGCACCAAGACGUCCACGGCGAAGCAGCAGAUGUACGCCAACAAGAACACCACGUUUGCCGAGAUCAUCCGCGAGCUCGAGCUGAUGCAAGACACCAAGGGACGUAUCCUCCAUCCGAAGAUGCUGAAGCUGCGCAACGUGCUGAUCGAGCACUUUGACGCGAUCAAGGCGGACCAGGUGCACAACGCAGAGGCGUACGAGGUGAGCGGGCACGACGUUCUCGGCAACACACCCAACUCGGGUCAGCUCGCCAACUUUGCCAGCUCGUCGCAGGCCGACACGAGGGUUAUGGUGUUUUGUUCGUACCGCGAGUGCUGUGACGAGAUCGUCGCGUUCCUCAACGAUUCCGGUUUCAAGGCGACCGAGUUUGUCGGGCAGAGCAAGGCGAAGAGCGGCAAAAAGGGCAUGUCGCAGAAGGACCAGGAGCGCGUCAUUACUGAUUUCAAGGCGGGCAAGUACAACGUCCUCGUCGCCACUUCGAUCGGAGAGGAGGGUCUCGACAUCGGAUCCGUCGAUCUGACCGUGUGUUACGAAGCGGUCAAAGACUCGAUUCGCAUGCUGCAGCGCAUUGGUCGUACGGGUCGAAAGCGCGAAGGCAAGAUCGCCGUGCUCGUCUCCGAGGGGCGCGAGCAGCACAACUGGCAGCAUUCGAAAGACAACUACAAGGCCGUACAAAAGGAGGUCGAUUCACGCAUGCAUGUCGAACUGUUUGACGACGUCGAUCGGAUGGUGCCGGACCACAUCUCCCCGCAGCCUGUCCUGAAGGAGGUGGAGCAGCCCGAAUUCGACCCUUCUAUGGUCACCGACGGAAAGCCAACUAAAGCCUCGCGGGCUCCGAAAGUCGCCAAGCCGAAAAAGGAUCCCAAGCGCAAUAUGCCCGAAGGUGCCAUUAUCAUCGAAGGGUUCCGCAAGGCAUCCACCCUCACCAAACGCAAGCGUGGCUCCGUAAGCGACGAAGAUGCGCCUCCAUCAAACGAGACGCACAGCCAGAGGAUAAAGCGUCUCCUGACGGUUUCGAAGGAAGAGUUGGAAGCUCAAUUUGCCGAGGAGGAUCUGUCUCUCGACCUCCGCCCGCCGAAGGAGAAAUCUCGGCCGGUCAAGAGGAUUCCGUCUACACCGCCUAGCUCGCCUGAAUUUUCGCCUCCACCGUCUUUGCUUCGAAGACCUGCAGUCAGUGCCAGCGUCGGCACGGCGUCGGAUGGCAUUCGGACGCCACCCGUCCCCAGCGCUUCAUCCUCCUCGAAACCCUUGGCGGCAGGCUCUUCUACGCGCGGCAGAAAGCUGGGAGUAGGCUUGAGAAGCUCUGGCCGCAGUUCGACGAGCUCCGGCACGCUAGCUUUGCGCAAGAGCGACGACGCUGUCGAUGCACUCAUCCACAGCGACAGCAAGAGCCAGGACGAAAGGCUGCUCAACGCUACAUCACCUCGCAGCAGGGGGAUCGCUCAGGCUGUAGCUGCCGUGGACGAUGAUGACGACGAGUUCGCCGAUCUGACCAUGGAUAUGUCGAUGGAGAACGCGAUCACUCGACUCGAGCAAGAGGCGGCGUCUAGGCUCAAACAGUCCGCUGCAUCGCCAGUCGACAACAGCAAGUCCAAGCACGACCUCCGUCAUUCGUCGCCGCCAUCACCUCUUCCGGCAAAGAAUGCGCGCAAACCGCAUCCCAUCGUGCAGCAGCUACUGCAAGAAAACGCCGAGGAGCUAGCCGAACGUGACCAGGAAGCGAUCGGAUCCACGCCGAAAGUGCUUGCUUCGCCGAUGAAGAGUUCGAUGGGCCCACCUGAUUCGGUACCAAGACGUGCGGGCAAAUCUCGUUCGAAGCGCGUCAUUGUCGAGUCUCCCGAUGCGGCCUCUACCGACAAUGUCUCCGCCAACGAGCUUGUCGAUACGGAUGGGGACAAAGAUGCAGCUUCAUCGUCACCCAUCAAAGCGCCCGUAAAACGAGGUGGUCGAUUGCAAAAAGCUUCGUCCUCUAGCAAGCUCCCACCUGCUGGAGCCGACACCUCCCCGACAGCGGCAAAGAGUCGCACGCGGUGUUCGCGCAGCAAAGCGCGUAUUACGUCCGACUCUGACUCUGACGCUAAAGCACCUCUCGUGCAGCCGGUCAAAAAAGGUAAGAAGGCAGCUGCGACUAGCACGCGCGCUGCUGCUGGUGCUAUUGGUCGUGGCAAGAAGAGAAAGAUCACCAACUCACCCACCUCCCGAGCGCUUUUCCAGUACGAGGCGGAGCGGUCUACGGACGAAGAGCUUCACGGAGAGCGGGACGAGAAUGACUCCGGGGUAGGAAGCUCGGACGAGGACGAUUCGGAUCGAGAAGCGGUGGGGGACUUCGUGCCUACGCAGGCUCCGAGGGGCUACCAUCAGCAGAGCGUGUACAUGCAGUCGAUGCUUUCGCAGGCGCCGGCGGAAUUUCAGAGGUUGAGACACGCUCCGUUUCCGGGGAUAGGUGGGAAGUUUGGUGAUCCGGCAACGCCGAGGAGAACGGCAGGGAGAGAGGUGAGGACUGCGAGGCAGGGUAUGUCGAGCGAGUCGAGGAGAGGAAGGGCAGGGAUGGGGUCAGAAGAUUUCUACUCGGAAGACUCGUUUGUCGUCAACGACGAGGAGGAGAUCGUGUAUGAUUCCCAAGCGGAUGCUCUGCCCGAUAGCAGUCCAUUCUAG